CGCCCAUUCAGUUCAUCAUGGCGUCAACUUGAAAAACUUUUGCCACUGAUACCUGUAUACAAGAAUUUAUUUAAGGUUAUGUAGCGGCCACUUUACAUGGCAGGUCUUCGACACACUGUGAGAGGUCCUGCGAGGAUUUGAAAAGAUAUAUAUUUGCCGUUCAAAAUGGCUGUACAUCCAACAGAGAGGUUGUAUAGGAAGAUAGUCAAACCAAGUCUGGGAAUAUUGAAUGUUGAUAACCAUACCAGUAGACACCGGAUACAAUUACAUUCUUCCUACCAGCCUCGUAUGCAAGGACAGUUAUAUACUCUUAGAAAUAGACCUCGAACUGAACCUACAGGCAGUCUUGUACAGACUUUUCCCAGGAUAACAGAUGCUCUUGUUGGAUCGCCAGAAUUUUCCAGUAAUUUUGUUUAUUCGUAUAAUUCACAAGUGCAAGAUGACUUUAGCAAUGUACAAAGGUCUACCACGCCCCAAUCUUUCAAUUCUACAAGUAAGAUAAAGCAAGUUCCGCUUCCAAGUGUUAGUCCUGCCAGCAAAGCUAUUAGUUUGAGGUCAGGAUCACCGUCACGUGGUAUAAAAUCAGUCUCAAUAUGUUCAGACAGAUAUAUUCAAUCACAGAGUAAACACUCUGGGUGGACACACCGUUCUGCACAUUCCGGCAGAUGUCUAAGUGAGCAGCAAAGAAGAUUUAGUACUGAAGAAAAGACGAAAGUGAAAAGCAAAGCAUUAAAAAGAGCAUCAGAGAUUAUCCCCCAUCGUGUAGAUCGCAUGUACUACAUGUCUGGUGCCACUGUCCCAAUUAAAAAUAAAUAUCAUGUGGACAAUGAAGAAUUGGAAAGACUUAAAGAUUUAGCAAGAUCUAGUAAUACCACUGGUAGAGGUGUGAGAGCAAGAAACCAAACCAGGAAAGGUGAUGAGUACAUUGCAGACAGACGAGUGCAAGGAUUGGAGCCGAGGCAGCUUGCCAUUACAAAUACUGAUGCGUUAGAUGGUGAUGACACUUUGAGUGGUGGACACAGUACAGGUGGUGUCUUAGGGAAAGAUAACAGUGAGAAGAGACCCGCUACUGGUAGUUCAUGGAGCAGUGAUACAUCCGCUGUGGGUACAGGAAAUAGAGUCAGAUUCAAAGCUGCAGGACCCAGCAGUGCUAAAGCAUCUAUACCUGGUAAUAUAACCGGAGAUGAACAAGACACUAAUAAUAAAGAUGUUGUUAACAAAGGAGAUGAAUCAAAUUGUCAAACAGCGGAAGAUAACCGGGAUGGGUAUGAUAGCGGUGUAGAACCAGAGGGUGAGAGCAAAGAGCACCAUGACAAAGACACAACACAAGGCAAUGCUACUAAUAGUGAAGCGGCUGAGAAGAAAGAUGAUGCAUUUAUGACAGAGUGUCGAGAAGAUGACAAAGAGACGACGAAACAAGUAGAAACCACUGAUGAUUGCAAUAAUGAAACUACAGAAAGAUGAAAUUCAUUUUGCUUUUAAUGGCUGAUUGCUGCUUAUUUUGUUGUUGUUGAAUUUCACGUAGGUUAUUUUGUUUUCUGUGUAGGAGGUACUAUAAAAUGGAAAAAAUGGAUUUGUUUUUUCUAACACAUUGGCCGUUACUUAGACUUAUAGAAAGAGUAUGCUCUGUGUCAUUGUGUUAAAAAAAUAAUUAUUUUUCCUGUCAUACUUUUUUUCCUGUCAGUUGCAGCAAAACUGACUUUCUAUUCUGCAGGAAAUCAUAAUAUUUUUCAUCUCAUACAACUUCACUGUAUUCUGUCCCAAUCUUUUGUUUGUAUAAUGCAG